UUGGGAUGUGUUGGGAAACCCUCCAUGUCACGGCCUAGAGAUAGGUAUGGUGAUGAGGCGACUUGUCUGAGAUUAUCUGGUGGAAAUCAGUUACCUGAUGUCGUCUUGAUAAGCUCCGCAACAUCUGGGCGGAAAGCUUGACAGAUGGUGACAAGCAGCUCCCACUGACGUCGAGACCUGAUGUAGCGAUGUCGAGCAUCUCAACGCGAGGCCGAUUCUAAAUAGAUACCUCUUCGUGGAGGCUCAGGUCGCAUACAUAGGCGGUGCCGAGUCUGCCGGUGCUGGUCUUAUGUCACUGUGACCCAGGAUCCCGGUUUCUCAGUCGCAACAUCAAUGUGUUACGGCAUGGAAUGCUUCCCGAGAUAUCGCGAAGAAGAGAGCAUGCUGUCGACGUCAAUUGGAAGUAGAAACGCAUGUCAAGUUGAUGGUUGAUAGCAAAUAUCGCCAAGUGGAUCAAGAAAGAUCCGUUCUCGCUGCCGGCCUCCUUCUCCUGUCGACAACGGCCAAUGCCCACUUCGAGCUUCAACACCCCUCCCCUCUGACGGCUGAGAGCAGCUCGCAGGCCACGGCACCAUGCGGUGGUGCCAAUGCCGACAUUGAUCAAAACACGGCGACCGAUUUCCACGUCGAAGGCGACUACGUACAACUAUUCAAUGGGCAUGCUCAGGGCAAUUGGUUGAUCCGUGGUACCCUUGACCCCAAAGCCGGCGGCGACUGGGAGCAGCUGUUCCCCAUUGUGCAACAAACUGGGCGUGGUAACUUCUGCGAGCCUGUUGUGACAGUGCCCGGCGAGUGGGCUGGGAAGAAGGGGUUUCUAGGCAUCAGCGGCAAUGCUGGCGAUGGCAUUCUAUACGCGUGCGCCGCUGUCAACUUCGUGUCUGGUUCCGCGUCAGCCCCCGGCGGCUCUUGUGUCAACGGCAGCGCCGUCACGGCAUCCUUCCAGCCGGAUGACACACUGUCGGCGCUCGUUGGCUCAUCGUCCAAUUCGGGGUCCAGCGGGUCGGAAACCACGGCGCCGGCUCCGGCGGCAACCACCUCACAACCCAGUGCCGCCGCACCAAUGAUGGGCGAGAGGGUAUCGUUUGGAAGCUUCGCUCUCACAGGCGUGAUGCUUCUCGUCGGUGCUGCUUUGCUGUAA